AUGAUUCCUAAAAAUGUCCUAUUAAAACGUGUCUCACCAUUAAUAUCACAAAUCGCUGAAGCACAUAGAAAGCCGCGAUGGGAGCCGGUCGCGAAAAGCAAGAUAUAUCGUAUACCAAAACGUCCCGAGAUUUCAGAAGAAGAACGAUUGGAGUUGCUGCGAAUAAAUAAUAACUAUAAGACUCAGAUGCGGGCCAUUCGAAGAUUUUAUCAUGAGGAGAUGAUGAGAGAGCUGUCGUCGCUAAAGAGUGCGAGUUCAGAAAUGUCCCAGAAAUUGGAGGCAGAAGAAUGGGAGAAAUGUGUUCAUCUUAAUGAAGAGUGGAAUAAGGAGGUCGCAGCUGAGAGGGAACAGAGACGUAAAAUUGAACUGGCUGCCAUGGAGGAAUACACACUCAAAAGAAUGGAAGAGAAAGACAAAGAGAUGAGGGAGAAAAUUGAAAAAGCAUCGGCAGAAAUUAGACUGCAAAAAGAAUUGAGUGCAACCUUCAUCACACCUGACAAUCUUGAAGCGGCCAUUGACGCAGCACUUGCCAAUCCAAUAGAUUACAAUUUUGCUAUAGAUCUUAAGGGCAAUCAUUUCUAUGGUCGGGACACACCUAUCGUGAAUCAGGAUAAAAAAGACAAUGCCAUCAAUACAAACACAUAG